ACGUUGUGUUUGCGUGCCGACGUGCAGUCUGUUUGGAUCUAGGCGCGAAAUUAAAACCAAACAGGGCCGACAGCCGGAGUAAAACUUAAACAGGAGGGGCACACAUUGUUGAACCACCAUGUUAGACGGUGGCCAGUUUGUGGAAGCCCUGGGCCGUCUAGGUUAUCCUGGUGCAUCGUCAUUGAAGGGGGCUGAGUUUGACUGGCUGUUUGACUGUGCCCCGGAGAACCUUCACUUCUUGCGUUUCGUCUGUCGGACCCUCAACCGGAGCAAUGUUCUCACCACAGAGGAGGCACAGGCUUUUAAGGAGCUACGGAAAUCCGGAAGGCCAAUUCUGGAUGAAGCAGCCCUGGGCGAGGUCCUGAAGACCAUCGGUCCUUCAGACAGAAGCAGUGCCAACAUAUUAGGGCCCUCUUUUUCAUCCUCAUCCUCAGUGUUUGCAGCAGAAGGGGAUGUGGCCACAGAGGACUUAGAAGCAGAACUUCAGGCUCUGCGUAAAGAGAAAGACCUGAAGCAAAGACGCUAUAACAGGUUGCAGGUUGUAGCCACCUCCCGUGCAGAUGUUGACCUGCGACUUUCAGCAGAGCUUGAGAGUGCUACAUGCAAGCUAAAGGACACCAGUGCUUCCAUCGGAGCUGAGAAUGCUGGCACCAAUGCGCUGUUACAAAACCUUACAGAAGAGGUGUGCAAGCUUGCUUCAUACCUUCCAGGUCUGGAAGCCAAGCAAAAAGGAAAGGGAGAAACUGCAGACGCAUCAAACCUUUGUCUCUCCAAACACCCUGCUGUGCUGAUCUCUCAGAUGUCUUUGGAUCCCUACCUGCAUCAGCAGGAGCUAAACACGAAAACACUCACUGCCUUCACACAGAAGCAUUUCUUUCAGGGGAUCUCUGACAUUGUUGAGACUUCCUGCUCUGAGCGCUUUCAGGUGCUUGACCUCAGUUCUUGUGAAGAUGGAGAAGAGGAAGAAAAGGAGCAUGAGGAUGGAGAGAGGGACGUGAGGGUGGUGGAGCGCAGGAGGACAGAAAUGGCCAGACUUCAGUGGUCUCAUAUUGUGGCUCAGCACCAACUGAUGCAGGCCACAGCUGAGGAGAAAAGUCUCAAAGUUGGACUGGACUGGCUCUCUGAGAAGUCCUCUCAUACUAAGAGCAUCUCAACCUCCUCCUCACUGCAUGUCCGUGAAGUUGUGUCCCGGAAGGAGCUGCAAGCGGUGGAGGCUGAGCUGGAGGCUCUGCUCCAUGGACCUGUACCUGCUGCCCUUAGGGAGUCAGCCAGGCUGCUUAAUGUGCCUGUAGUGAGGGGAGACCUGGACCUGCAAGUUGCAAGACAGGAAUACUACACCUCCAGACAGAAUCAGGUACGUGACUACCUACUCCGCCAGAAGGCCUCCUUUGACCUGGUACACCUGGCUCAGGAGAUGGAGCAUAGGAGGUGGCGGAUGUGUUUUAAGCAGCUGGAAGAUGUUAACAGCAGACUGACAAAAGAAGGUGAAGCUGCAACCCUGAGAAUUGAGUCCCUUGCACACCCUGACCUUGCUAUCAACCCCAGGCCCAACCCUAUCAUCAGCUCCAAGGAUGCAGCCUUCAGCAGACUGCUCCAGAUCCUUGACCAUGAUUCAGACCACAGUCGAUCAGAGCCCUUUCGGACAUAUGAAGCACUGGACCAGGCUGCUCACGACCUUGCAGGAAACCUCCAAGUGACCAGAGAGGCUCUAGCAGGCGCCGGCCGUGAGCAACACUACACAGCUGCUCGACUCUACAACGACUGUGAGGCGCUCCACAGGGCCAUGUACACCGAGCUCCAGCAGCUGGUCUUAAGGCCGCAGGUACGUCAAACGGCCUCCACUGACCAGGAGCAGCUCUGUCCCAAUGCACAGGAGCUAACCUCAAAACUUGUGGAAGCAGAGUCCCAGCUCCAGAGUUUGCAGCAUGUAAUGCAAGAAAUCAUGGGGGAAGUCAAAUCUAAGCGUUCCCAGCUGGAGCGCAAUGCCCUCCUCAGGCGGGAGAGGGAUUUAUAUGUCUACUUCCACUUGGAUGCACGGCUACUGCAGAAAAUAGUGGAGGAUGUGGAGGGCAAAAUGACUGCAAAGAAAGGGCAGCAGUAAAAAAAAAAAAAAAAAAAAACCUGCCAGAAUGAGUGAGGAGAGUGUAUCAUCAGCUCAAAAACAAUGAACAGUGACACGCAGACACAAAUUCAAGAUUCAUCUCCUGACUCUGUAUUGACUCAUUGGGAAAACACUCAACCUGGGAAAAGCGUAUUCAUAUAAGGAUUGAGAUUUUGUUCUGAAUUUGUUUAAUUGAACUAUUAAGAGAUUAAUUGUUGAAUUCAGUGUAUUAUUCUGACUUGUGACGCUCCUAAAUAUAAUAUUUUAAUUUUUAAUUUUAAUUUUAAUGUUUUUACUUCAAGCCUUCUGAUUAAUAAAGUAAAAUGUUUUGUUAAUGGAUAUUUAAGUUGUGAAAGUUUUUUUUUAUUUUAUUUUUUUAAAUUGUUGAAUUCUAUUUCAGGAGGGAGAUUAAUCUGCUGUGCACGAGACCCUAGUGAAUAAGCUUCAGCACAUAAUUGGAUGUCUCUGUGUAACUGACCUGACUCUCCCCUUUGCCCUGUUUAGGUCAUAUAGAGCUGAACAGUCAAAGAUCGUCAGAUGAUCACAAAGAGUAGACAGGCAUUCAGACAGAGAGGAGAUGGAAGAGUUUAGCAGCAGGUUGUACUCAGGACCUCUGUCUCAGGCGGCACAGAAGAUCCUGGCUGUUCUGCGGACCCAGAGUCUACAUGAGGCCAGACCCUUCCACAGCGUCUCCUCAAAUCACAGACAAAGGCAGUCAGGGCGUAAGCAUUGAAGUACUCCAGUUUAGAUGAUUCAGUAUUAACCCCUGACAGCAAAGAUUAGGAACUCUUGUGUGUCAAUUGAUUCAUUUGCCUUAUUACUUAUAAGAUAGUCCUUCUGUAACUAUUUUACUGACAUGAUGGAAACAGUAGGAAGACACUGUUGUAGCUAAGAAAUAUUUGAGGAGAUUUUAACAUUUAUAUCUCUGCAGCAACAAUUAGUAACAUUUGUUUCUGUAGAUAUGAAGAAUCAACAUGAUAUGCCCUACUAUUUUAUCAAGCCUGGUUUUUACAGAGUAAACCUGUAAAAUAAAAAUAACCACUUCA